AUGGUUUUAUAUUUUUUCGAAUACGUAUUUUACGUUUUAAAGACUCUUAGUGUUGUUGACAUGAUAUCACAUAUAAUUCAAGUUAAAUUUCGAUUAAAAACAAUUGGAGACAUUUUGAAAGACUAUUGCAGUCAUAUUGACAAUGUUAGCUUUAGUGAGACUAUUAAAAAAUCAGGAAAUAACAUUAAAGAUUCCGAGUUUUUGAGUUACAACUACCGUCAUAUUAGUUUAUCUCUUAGCAGAUGCUAUUUUCUACUUACCGAGCAGUGUAAUUUUAUCAACGCUAUGUACGGAUUACGGAUUUUUUUGAUACACAUAAUUGUCCAAAUUGAUAUGGUUGUUAUGAUAAAUUUAAUGAUACGCCUUAUGUUUAAAAUAGAGAUUUCAGAAACGAAUUGGUUUCAUCUACUGAUUGUUGUAAUAAAAAUAAUCGCAGCGAUUUUAAUUAUUUGCACUUGGGUUCAUUGCUGUGAACAAAAUUAUAGACAGACAGAAAGAAUAAUAUAUUGGAGCAAUAAUUUAACUAUAAACAAGAUAAUGAGUCCUGAAGUGGGAGACGCUAUUGAUGAACUUAAGAGUUUGAUCCAUUCGAAGCCUAUAUCAUUCCAUAUGCAUCAUUUCUGCAAACUUGAAUACGGCACCUUAUUGACCAUAAUUUCAAACACAAUUUCGUAUGUCAUAGCUAUGUCACAGAAUAUAUAA